AUGAGAAGAAAACCAUCAUUGCCCAUACCGCCCGCUCAUUUACAGCAGGAUCGCAUGAACAAGAAGUUUUACCUGGACCGAGACAGUGGCAUUGUUACAGAAACUGAUUCUGAAAUCGAAUACAGCAACAAUACCAAACGAAACUACAUUUUCAGCGAUGAUGAGGAGAUGCCCGCUGCAACCAGCACGCUCACUUCACAGCACAGCUUUUACUCACAUCUGGCAGAUCAAGCAGUGAUGUCCGUGCGUCACUAUCUCAGAGACGACAGCUGGAAAAAGGUGCUGAAACAUAAAAGUGGCACAACUGUCUACAUGAUGCAGCAAACGAAUAAGAAUGAGAAGGUAGCACUGUUCCGUGGCGAGUCUAUCAUUCAGGGGUUCACGCCACAGUCCGUUUUUUAUGUCAUUGGCAUGAGAAAAUUAUGGGAUGAACAGUUUGACGAUGGCAAAUUAAUAGAAAAUCUCAACGAUACAAGCUCAUUGACAUAUGAAUCAUACAAAUCCACAGCUACCUCCAAAGCUUAUGAUUAUACACUGGUAGAAAAGAUUGAAUGCUCUGCUGAUGGAGAAAUCCUGUUUGCAUGCACCAGUGUUGAAACUCCUCAGGUACCAAAAACACCCGGCAGAAAUAGACAUCAGAUCAAGCUGCAAGGCUGGGUCCUGAAACAACUCAACACAUUUCCAGUAUCCACACAUGUUACCUAUUUAACUCAGGAGAAUAUCAAGGGAUGGAUUCCAGGAUUGACCAAGAAAUCAUUGGCCAGAAAGCCCCUUAUCAUUGCAUCCAUUGACAGCUACUUGCAAAAAAAAGCAGAGAGAAUUCGUGUACAACAGCAACAGCCCCAAUCAAAGAAAUCAAUACCCGUUCCUAUUCCUACUACUAUUACAACUAAUACAACUAAUACACAUGCUUCUUCCUCCAUCUCAUUGCCACAGACAGCCACCACAAGUACAUCCUCUUUUGCAUCGCCACCAACUAGCAUUCUCCUCCAAAGACCAUCAGCCGUAUCCGCAACCAACCUAUUCGAGGACCAAACAUCGCCUACCUUGGGCCUAUUCAACACCACCAGUACAUCCUUAUUGCUUGAUCCCAACACCAACACCAACAGCAACAAAAGACCACAUAAUAUCAUCCUCUCCAACCCACCACCUAGAAUAUCAUCACUCUCAACACAAACCAAUAGCACCCCAUCGACACAGCAACAAAAGCGAAUCACAUUUGCAGAUCAAGUAGAGUCAUCCUCUAGAUCAUCCUCACCAAGCAACACGUUCUCUUCGUCUUCUGCUAGAUCAUCAUCAGCCAGCAGUAGCAGUGGCUCUGGUAAUGAUGGUGCCACUCCAUCUUACCAGCAGCAAGCACAAGAUGACAGUCUAUUUGAUAACCAUAGUAAGACACCGACGCUAUUCCCAUUGCCACCAUCUACCAGUAGCACGAGCCAUCAGCUAUCGCCUAUCCAGGAAGCACCUAUGCCGUUCUCAUCCAAAGCAAAAGCAAGCAGUGUUGCUAUUGCAGGGACCAAGUUGUAUCCAGCAAGCCGACAUCGAACCGCACGCAAGCAAUGUAUAGAAAAGCUACAGACGUAUGCUCACAGUAACUUGAAGGAAUGGAAACACGUUGGUGAAAAGAACAAUACUCAACUUUAUACACAGGCAGUGGAAGGCAGCACGCUUCCUAUUAUGCGCAGUGAAACAGCGUUUGUGGGCUCAUGGACGCCUGAGCAGAUUUGCUCUGUGAUUCAAUGCUUUGGUGCUCGCAAAGAAUGGGAUGAAUAUUUCGAAAAGGGUGAAAUAGUGGAGCGAUUCUCUCAAAAGGAGUACCUGGUCCACACUCAAAUGAAAAGCCUGUUCCCUAUUCAAAGCCGAGAUUUCUGUAUGUUGACAUGCAUUGAAAGUGUAGUGGCAACAGGGGCCAUUUACAUUGGCUCCAUCAGUGUGGAAGACGAGUUGAUUCCGGAAACCUCACAGCAUAUCCGGGGCAAAUUGAAUACGUACGGAUGGGCCCUGAAGCCUAUUACACGCGGAAAAGAGGGCCAAUGGACGGGCGUGCAGGUUAGCUUCAUUGCGCACAUGAACAUGGGCGGCUUAGGCACAACACCUCUUCCCUUGCCAUCAGCCAUUGUGCGACUCUUGACGACACAAGCAUGUGCCGACAGCAUUCAAACCUACUUGGCAGUACAUGGAUGUCCUCCUUAUAUCCGCAGAGUAGCAGGCAAAAUCAUAUUCGAGGAAUUCAAUGUGAGGACCAACCAAUACACCAUUCGCUACAUUGCCAAGCAUGCACCUUCUCCACGUCGCCACCAUCAGCAACAACAACAAAAGCAAAAGAUGAUUGGUUCCAUGUGGUGCACAGACGUGCGCACACACCAAAGCAUGUAUCCACUCGGUUAUACGAUAGAGACUCACCAGGAUGUGCGUGUGGAUGUGCGACCCAACAUUGGCUUGAGGAUAUAUACCGAAAAAGAUGAAUUGGAUGGGCAAACGGUUGAAUUGGUGAUUUCAAAACAUACCACCGGAAGUAAGCCGCAGUUCUACUGCAAUGGUAUCGAGGUCUGUGCGGUCGUAAAGGACGCUAAAAAUCAAGGUAUUGCCAAAAGUGAAUUAGUGGAUCACACACGAUUUGUCCCAGAGGCUGCUCCUUCCCACAAGCUGCCUUCUGCUGCUGCUGCUGCCACUACAGUUGAGGCUACUUCCGUGGCAAAGCAGCAACAGGAACCUCAGGAGGAGGAGGAAACCAAUGACAAGGUAUGUGUAUAA